AUGAACCUAAGGGCCAGCUCUCUUGGAGAGCUCCAGGCUCUGACUUCACUGAAGACCCCUGCUUCAGACAGCGGUACUUUUAAGUCUCUUUCUCACAGCAGCAACAACAUGAGCGGCCGAUUUGAAAGCAUUGAGGAGAUUAAAGGAGUUUCUAAACCCACGCACCCUCCUCGAAGACCUGUACGUGCAGUCCGACCUGUGAGUGCUCUGAGUGCCAGCGGCUCCUUCCUGCAGAUCAACCACCUGCAGGGAGAACUAGUGAGGAAGAGGAAGGAAUGUGAAGACCUAAAAAAGGAGAACAAGUAUCUGUCUAACGAAAUUCACAUGGAAAGGAUCAUGAUGAGGACUGAGAGUGAGCUCACCAUGAGAAACAUGCGCAAUCUCAACCAGGAACUCCAGGCCCAUGUAAAAGAGUUGAAACAGAAGCUGCAUCUCAGCCAGCAGAGGGCGACACUGUGCUCCAGGGCAGCUGAGGAUGCUGAUAGAGGACGUGCAGAGGCGGACAAGAGCAGGGCACUAGCGGAGGCUCGGGCAAUAGACAGCAGGCAAGAAAAAGAUUUCGCAGUAGCUGACAAAACACGGCUCAGUGAAGAACUACAUCUGCUGAAAAAAGAGCACAAUGAUGUCCAGCUACUUUUAGCACAAGCUGAAAAGAAUUACUUUGAGACCAAGCUAAAACUAGACAGGGUGUCAGGAGAAAAGCAGGCUCUCCAUGAGGAGAACAGAAUACUGGAGGAUGAGAGGAACACGUUACGACGCAAACUGAAGGAGCUGACUGAGGAGAAUGUGAAGAUAAUGGAAAAGGAGGUGAACUCCAGACGCAGAGCUCUGGUUGCUGAAGAGCAGAGAGAAAGGGCCAAUAAAGCCCAGCAGGAAGCCGAGCAGGAAAGACAUUUAGCUGAGCGGGAGAGGGAAGAUCGCACCAGGGAGUGUCUCAGCUGGAGAGAGAAACACCAGGUUCUGGCAGAAGUCAUCAGAGCCCAGGAAGAACUUAAGUCUCUGAGACAGACCAAAGCAUGUCAAGCUAAUAUUAAGAGCUACUUCCUGUGUAUGACUGAAAGUGACCAGAGGGUUAAGAUCCUAAAAAAUCAAGAUGGCACACCAAGGAACUUCACGGAAGGAGACCCUGUGUAUAUCUCCACGCCUGACCUCAACAGUGAGGAAUCAGAGAGGAGUUCAGGGAGGACGAUGUUUAGGGUGGCUGCACCUCGAGUUGGACGGGACACCGGCCCAGCCCACUUCAGCGAGCUGUCACCAAUGGCAGACAUCCAUGAAUCGGGAUUAUCAAGGAGAAACAGGAAAGUGGAAUAUUUCUGGAUCCCCACUGAUGAGGAAUAACUGUAAAUGUUUAGUUUUAGAUAUAUUGCCUAAAAAUAUUAGUUGUAAACAUGUUGAAAAAUCUCCUACUAGAUUUAAUUUGCCUAAAUUUAAUUUUGUAAAUGUUUUCACCUACAAAAUAUACUUUAACAAACGGUACUGUAUCCCUGUGGUAAAAUAAAUAAAAAAUGAUAAUCUGGUCAAAUCUAUCUUCACUAGAAGAGAUUUAGCACAAUGAAAGGUAAAAUUCUCAGAGCAUUUCUUACAAAAAAUCUCAACUAAAACACUUUAGCUGAUCAAGUUUGUCCUUUAUUGUGAAUUCAGCAAUAGUGGUGAUGAAUACAGCACUAAACAGCCUUACAAAUGACAUGAUCAUAAGCAAUUUCCUUUCUGACAACUGGAUUGCAGUUAACAUGUUGGCAAAUGCAAGUGUACAAGAUUAACUUUGUCAAACAGUUAAAACACCUGUCAAUAAAAGGUUGUCCGAGAACCCCUUAUUGACAAGGGCAAAAGCCUUUCACCUCGUUUUUUUCUGGAUUUU